AUGGCAGGCGCUGCUUUCUCAACUUUAGACGCAUUAAUCACCCUUUGCACAUCCGUCCCCGAAUGGAACGGCCGGCUCGACGAACUCAAUGGCCAAAUCGCCCUGCGCCAAAUCGAACUCGCUCGAUUGGAAGACCAAGAACGCCCGCCAACCCGACCGUCUCUCAAAAACAAAGGGUCUACCGAGUCACUACGACCCAAAGAUGCGGACGAGAACCCCUUUUCCUCCCAGAACGAUACGGAAGAGAUCCAGAUGAGCCCGUUCCAAUCGCACUCACCAAAAUCACCUCAGAAUGGUGUUGUCCCAGCCCGCCGAACCAGCUCCUCGAGGGGCGGCGCGAGAGCACUUGUUACCCCACCACCUCCGAAAGCAAACUCGAAUCCUCGGGUCUCGCCCACCGCCAAGUCCCGGCAAUCAUCCCAACCGGCGCCUCCUACACAGGCUCGAGUCGGGCCUACUGUCCUGCGGAAGCGGAAGACGGAGUCCAUUGCCUCGGGAGAAUCGAAUACGCCAAAAUACAGGACGCGGUCUAUGAUAAUUGUAUACUAUGAUAGCGCGGUACAGACGGCCUUUGAAGAGCUGGUCAAGUUUGUGAGUGCGAGUAGGAAUGCUAUGCGGAAGGGAAAGAUGGCGGCGAAGAUGGGGGAGAUGAGGAGGAAGGCAGAAUUGGAGCUCGAGGCCGAGGAAGAAGAGGACGAUGACGAGGAGGGCGGGAAAGGAUUGAAUGAUAUGCUUAAUGGUGGGAACUUGAUGGCUGCUGGGAAAAAUGUGAAGGCGGGUGAAGCCCCAAUAACGAAACUGAACUAUGUCUCUACGAGACAGAUGGGACCGCCCAGAUUUACCACACAACUGUCUGAAAACCUGGGGAGUACCUUGAGCGUGGGAAUGAUGCGAGGAUAUAGGCGAGGGUGUGGGGUGCUAGAUAUCUUCGACGAGCUGGACAAAGGGCUGGAAUGGUGUCAAAGCCAGUGCGAGCAUGCUGCACACCAAUUCCUACGGGACGGCGAAUGCGAUGCCGAGAUUACCAAAAUCAAGAAGAAGUUAAUCGAGGUUAAAACAGCUGCGGAGAAAGAGGUCGAACGGUUGAAGAAAGCCGAGGAGGCCGAGAAGCACUCGGUGAAAGCCCCGGUACCAAAAACGAAGAGCAGGGAAUUCAGAACUCCACAUAUUAGGAAGGAGAUGGGAAGCCUGAAAGAUCUUGUAGUCGACGAUAUGGAGGUGGACGACGACGACGAAGGCGUGGACGAUAUGGAGCCCCCCCCUAAACUAAGCUUCAGAAGAUCAGGACAGGUUUAA